UGCUGCUGCUGAUCAGAGGUGUGUGCGCUGCGGCUGGCUUAUUUACACCCGUUCAGUCACACUGCAUCAUAGAAAAGCUCUGGCGCUCCUUAGGAAAUGGACUUUCUAAAGGGAUUAAUGUGUCUCUAUGGUGAUACAUCUCAAGCUCUAAAUUUGUGUCAUCAGUCCCACAAGCUGUUCCUCCAAACAGUGUGGAAAGGAUUUACACAGCCACAUUACUGAAGAGGAUUCUAUGACUUAUGCUACAUCUCCAUUUUAACUGCGUGUCAGAAAUGCCCCCUUCCAUAAAGUGGUGCAUUAGGUGGGCUGUCUGCUUGUCCUUUAUUCUUGCACUGAUCCCCAGGUCCAGAGGAUCGACGCUGAAUUGUCACAAAAUGUGCAUAUGCGCCAGCAACAUCGUCAGCUGCUCCAAGAUGAACUUGACGAUGGUUCCAUCUGACUUGCCCGACUACACAGCUGUGCUUGACAUUAGUUUUAAUGAGAUAACCGGACUUCGCGCACAAUGGACCAAGCACAAACUUCCCAACCUCCACAACCUCUUGCUCAGCCACAACGGUUUGUCGUUCAUCUCUUCUGAGGCGUUCAUUUUUGUAAAGCAAUUGCGAUACUUGGAUCUGUCAUCAAAUAACCUGCGACAGCUGGACGAGUUUAUUUUCGAGCCACUGAUACAUCUGGAGGUUCUUCUGCUCUACAACAACCACAUCUCGCAGAUCGACCGCACAGCCUUCUCAGGCCUCAACAACCUGCAGAAGCUCUACCUGAGCCAGAACCAGGUGUCCCGCUUCCCCCUGGAGCUCCUCAAGGACAAGAACCGACUGGACAAGCUGAGCCUGUUGGACUUGUCUUCCAAUCGGAUCAAAGUUCUCCCCAUUCAAGACCUCCAGGCACUGCCGGCCUGGAUCAAGAAUGGGCUGUACUUCCACAACAACACCCUCAUCUGCGACUGCGAGCUGUACAGUUUGAUGACUCAUUGGUAUAUCCGACGGCUCAAUUCAGCUGUGGACUUCAAGGAUGACCACACCUGCGUGCAUCCCGGCCCAGAUAAACGGGUGCUGCGUUUGUACGAUCUCAACACUCUUAUGAACUGCAGCACGUUUAAAGAAACUGACCAAGAAGCUUAUUUGGAACAGAAGCUCACCCUCAGCUGUGAUACCAGACAUCGGAACAUGUCCAAGACUUGGAUGCUACCUGGAAACAUAGCAGUGCCUCCUUACGAUAACCAGAGCAUUGUGCCUCUGAAAGAUGGCAACCUUGAGAUAAAAUCGAUACGACCUGAGGACUCAGGUUUGUACACUUGCUUUGCCGUGAGUGAAUACCUCAACGAAACGCUCUAUGUGGUGGUCAAAGUCCACAACUUCACCCUCAACGGCAACAGCGAUACCCUCAACACCGCUUACACCACUUUGGUGGGCUGCUUGGCCAGCGUGGUCCUGGUUCUUAUCUAUCUGUACCUGACGCCCUGUCGCUGCUUCUGCUGUCCCGACCAGGGCAAAAAGAACCAUCAUGAAGACAGCAUCCACUCCUCCAUGCUCAGCAUCACCCCGACGCACGAGGACAUGGCAACCAAAGCAGAGCUCAACAGGCAUGUGGCCUUCAUAGACCCCAAGGACCUGCAGGGACAGAACGGAAAGGUGAAUCCUAACGGAGAGGAAGAAGUGGAUGAGGAGGCCAUGAAGGGAAAAGGAAAACGGAAGAAAUCACUGGCAGACUCGAUUAGUUCGGUCUUUUCUGAUACUCCCAUUGUAGUCUGAGGGAGGAUGUGUAUUUUUGGCUAGAGACAGUUCUUUGUUGUGGCUUUCUCGGAUAAAGAGACUGAAGUACACAGUUUGCCAUCCUCAGUCUUUGGCUGUUUCUACAAAACCUUUCCAGCAUUUUAAUCUGUAGCACUUAAGUAUAUACUGUGAAAAGGUCUUGCCAUAUUAGUGGAAUCUAAACUUGGAGUGUUUAGAUGUUCCUGUGAGUUUAAGCCCACUAAGUGUGACUAGAGGUAGUCUGGGUGAAUAACAAAUGCAUUUUGCGAUUUCUCAGUGAUCAAGCUAGGAAGCUAGGUUGACAGACAUUAGAACAUUAAUACAUCCUCUAUAUAAUCACAUUAUAAGCAUGAGCUUUGCAGACUGCUAAUGUUAAGAAUAUAGCACUGAAUGAAGCCCUUGUAGCUAAUCAUAUUUACCACGUUUUAUGCUAACUGACCAAUCUUACCACUUUAUGUGAAGCCAUAUGCAGCUGGUCACUGCAAGGGAAAGCAAUGUACAAUAGCAUUUGAGAGUAGUCACAGGAAAAUGAUGGAAAAGUAUCUGUUUUUUAUGGAACAUUAGAAGUUGUUUGGAAUGAAAGUCAAACAGUAAACUGAGCAUUAAUGGUCACUUACAUGAAACUUCCUCCGCCUAUACAGUAUAUGGCAAUGGAAAAAAUAAUAUCCUGGUAAAACGUAAAUGGCUGUUUGAAUCUAGACUCUUUAAGUCCAAUUUCUUAAGUUUAAAUAUUGGAUACCAAUAUAAAACAAAACUGUAAGAACUUACACAGUUCCAUUUAUAUGAAACUAUAAUACAGCAGUUUUUCAAUGUAUUACCCCUCGCAUAAAAAAUGCAGAACACAUGCAUUUUCAGCCGCUUGAGCUCAUCUGUCAUGACAACCAGGGAGUGACAUAUAACCAAAAUGCUAAUGCAAUCUUUUAAUAGAAUAACAUGUCCCAUCUGCCUGAACUCUCAUCUCUAAAACAAUGAUGAUUUGAGCUUGGAUUCAACAGCCAAAACAGUUUUGGAUACUUAGACCUCUUCUCACCCUGCGUUCAUUUGCGCUUGUGGUGGUUGGAGUCAGUGCUGACUCAUCCAUUGUCAGAAUGGAAGUCAUUUUUUAAGCCCUUGAAGUGCGGAGGUAACCUUCAUCAGAUAAAAAGCCAAAGGCUGAGGGAUUUUUUUAAUUAUUUUUUAACCUCGAACCAUUAUAAUUUGAAUACAUUUUCUGAAUGGAUUAAAAAUCAAGUUUGAAGUUUGAGUGAUUAGCCGAAUGUUCUCCUCAUGUUCUGGUAUUCUAAAUUAUUACUACAGGCAUACAGCAGUGAUCUCUCAGAGACCAGUAUUAUAUUUGCAUAUACAAUGGCGUAGGAACCUAAAGAGACUGCUACGAAUCAUAAUGUAAUGCGUAAAGCUCGCUGGCUGUGCUCAAGGAAGAUGUGACUAGAUCCAUUCCAAGCAGAUAUCAACAUUGUCCUGGUGGACUGUUCUAGAACACCUGUCAAUGAUGUUAGAAAACCAGACGUGGAACUCUUACUUCUGGGAAUGGCACUUCUAUUCUUCUGUUACUGGAAAGAAAUCAGAAUCAUCUCACAUGUUAACCAUAACCACAUAUUUAUAACGGGGUCUGGUUGGAAUCAACUGGAGCAAUCUUAGUUUCCUCCGGCCUCUUUCCCUAGUAACAUCGUAAACACAUCCUGUUUUGUGAACGAGGGAGUGGGUGAAGCUAUUAAAUGUUUGAUAGGUGGAUGAACUCACAAACAGUAUUAUCUCAGGGAGAGGGAAUGACAGAUAAUAGCAGCUAUGGCAGACUGCAGUCAUGGGCAGUUACGGUCUCUUACACGUCUCUCUGCAAUCCAAAAUUAGUGUGCAGAGGAGGGAAAGGCCUUACCAUCACGAGUGCUGUGGGAGGAGGCCUGAGAUCUCUGUGGUUCGCAAAGAGACAGAAAAGCCAAAUGCUCCCCCUAAAACCACAUCCAGCAGCUUUUCGCCCCUGUUGUGUGUGUUCUUCUUAACUGUGUGUCCUUGGCUAUUUUGCUACGAGCAGAGUUCUUGUGAAAGUACACUGUUCAUUACUCACCAUUUAACAGUAGGCUACAUCUGUGCUUUUGUCUGUGCAAACAGUGUUUGUUUUUACAGUGUUUAUGAGAUCGUGUCAUUUUAGGUAGCUUUUUUCCCCUUGAGGUUCCAAAGAGACUGAAUUAAUUCCUUAUUCUUCUGUGUAUUGUUGUUCCUAUACAGUUGUCUAGAUUCCACUUGUGACAUUGGUAAACCUAUUUUAAUGACACUGACUGUAAAGGUCUUUCUCUGUCAUGUAUUUUGAAAUCUGAUCAUCUAUUUGUCUAUUAUAUGUUGUUAUUUAGGCACAUAAAUUAAGUUUUUUUUUAUGUCAGUAAAUUAAAUCUCAAGAAGAAUCACAGACUGUAUCUAAGUCCAAAACUCUGUUGCAUUAAUUAGAAAAUUCAACUUCAAGUCAACGUGAAUUGCCGAUCACAGCCCAUUUUACUUUUUUAAUCAGAUGUACUGCAUAUCUGAGUGAAACGUGAUAUUCAACAAGAAAAAAUGGGGCGGGAAAUUGAUUGGAUUGUGAAAAGUGAGCAUUAAAAACCAGAAUGUAGCCAGACUGAAUGCAAGUUUGAUGAAUAAAAUGCCUGAAUAGCUCUGGCUAUUGGUUAACAUAUCCAAUAUCCAAAAAAAAAAAAAGGCAAAAAGUAAUUUCAGGAAAAGCGCAAGUUAUUUUAAUUACAUGUUGACUUGCAGCCUCUCAGAAUGUCAAAAUAGACAAUAAUAAAAGCACUUGUGCAAAUGUUAAGUCUCAAAACUGUCCUAUAUUAGCUUUAGUACCAGUUUAAAGGCCCGUUCACAACAAGGAUGAUUACUAUAAUAAGAAAGCUGUAAUACUCAUUCUAAUUCUUUGAGAGUAGUGGAGUCCAAACCACAACUUUAACGAUAAUGGCACAGAGGAACGAUAUGGUUGGAAUUUCACUUUUUUCCACACAACUUUGAAAAACCUGAGCAUUUAAAGUGGCAAAUGCAGUGUAAAAACUGCAGCGUAUACCUAAUAUGUGGACAGUAAUAUAUUUAUUGUUACAGUAAUGAUUUUUGAUAUGAACGGCCUUAAAAAUUUGGUGCUAAAGGUAUGUGGUACUAGGGACUAGUCCCUUCUGUUCUUUACUAGCAUUUAGAAUCUUAAAACUCUAGAUUAACAGAAUUCAAAAUAAGUAACAAUAUCAACAGCAUUUGAUAAUUAGUUGUGACCAAGUCUAGUUCUUCUAGAUUUGAGUACACACAAAAAAAACAUAAAAACAGAAGUAGACGAGCACAAAUGUACUAGAAUCUCAGUAAUGCAAAUAUAGCUGUACCAGUUCUUAGUAAGCAAGCAUCAUGAUAUACAAUACAUACUGCUAAAAACUGUGAACCCUAAAUGGUUUGAGAUCUAAAGUCUCAGUCAUCAUUACUAGUGUCUGAAAGCGAGAAUAGAAAUGUUGUCAGGUCCAGUAUUAGAGAUAGAGGCCUUACUGUAAAAGCUUAUUUAGUCUGAAUGUCAAAAACGAGACUGAUGAGUGCCGGGUGGUGCGGAUCCCUGUCCUAGAGUAAAACGGACUGCUCGAUGAUAAUCCAGAAACUGAUUCUCUAUCAGCAGUCCUCCCACAUGGAAGUUUACC